CUGAGGCGCCCAUGGGGGUGGCAGGGCAGCUCUGAGAGCGGCGCCCUAGCAAGCGCCCUGAGGAGCGACCCCGGCCUGGCCGUGGCCAGUAUGGCCCCUACGCUGUUCCAGAAGCUCUUCAGCAAGAGGAACGGGUCCGGCGCGCCCGGUCGGGACGCUCGCGACCCGGAUUGCGUGUUCAGUUGGCCUUUGCCAGAAUUUGAUCCAAGCCAGAUUCGACUGAUUGUGUAUCAAGAUUGUGAAAGACGAGGGAGAAAUGUCUUGUUUGACUCCAGUGUUAAGAGAAAAAAUGAGGACAUAUCUGUAUCGAAACUCUGUAGUGAUGCUCAAGUUAAAGUCUUUGGGAAAUGCUGCCAACUGAAACCUGGAGGAGACAGUUCUUCCUCUUUAGAUAGUUCUAUUACUUCAUCUUCUGAUGUUAAAGAACAGUGUCCUAAGUACCAGGGUUCUCGGUGCUCUUCUGAUGCCAAUAUGCUUGGAGAGAUGAUGUUUGGCUCAGUAGCAAUGAGCUACAAAGGAUCCACCUUAAAAAUUCAUCAGAUCCGUUCCCCUCCUCAGCUUAUGCUUAGCAAAGUUUUCACUGCGCGGACUGGCAGCAGCAUCUGUGGGAGUCUCAAUACGCUGCAAGACAGUCUUGAAUUCAUCAAUCAGGACAACAGUACAUUAAAGGCUGAUAGUAACACAGUUAUUAAUGGACUACUUGGAAAUAUAGGUCUUUCACAGUUCUGCAGCCCCAGGCGGGCAUUCUCUGAACAGGGUCCGCUCCGCCUGAUCAGGAGCGCCUCUUUCUUUGCAGUUCACAGCAACCCAAUGGACAUGCCUGGAAGAGAGCUGAAUGAGGACAGAGACAGUGGCAUAGCACGCUCUGCAUCUCUCAGCAGCUUGCUUAUUACACCAUUUCCCUCCCCGAAUUCGUCACUUACCCGAAGUUGUGCCAGCAGCUACCAGAGACGUUGGCGACGCAGCCAAACAACAAGUUUGGAGAAUGGGGUAUUUCCUAGAUGGUCUGUAGAAGAAAGCUUUAAUCUGUCAGAUGAAAGCUGUGGUCCUACCCCAGGAAUUGUGAGAAAAAAGAAGAUUGCAAUUGGGGUAAUCUUUUCAUUAUCCAAAGAUGAAGAUGAAAAUAACAAAUUUAAUGAAUUCUUUUUUUCGCAUUUUCCUCUCUUUGAAAGCCACAUGAACAAAUUAAAGAGUGCAAUAGAACAGGCUAUGAAAAUGAGCCGGAGAUCAGCUGACGCCAGUCAGAGGAGUUUGGCUUAUAAUCGAAUAGUUGAUGCCCUAAAUGAAUUCAGGACAACAAUUUGUAAUCUUUACACAAUGCCACGAAUUGGAGAGCCUGUCUGGCUUACAAUGAUGUCGGGGAUUCCAGAAAAGAACCAGCUUUGCCAUCGAUUUAUGAAGGAGUUCACUUUUCUAAUGGAAAAUGCUUCAAAAAAUCAAUUCUUGCCAGCACUCAUUACUGCAGUUCUGACCAAUCAUCUUGCCUGGGUUCCAACAGUCAUGCCAAAUGGACAACCACCUAUAAAAAUAUUUUUAGAAAAACAUUCCUCUCAGAGUGUGGAUAUGUUGGCAAAGACUCAUCCGUAUAACCCACUUUGGGCACAGCUGGGGGACUUGUAUGGUGCUAUUGGCUCUCCUGUAAGGUUAGCAAGGACUGUGGUAGUUGGAAAACGACAAGACAUGGUCCAGCGGCUGCUUUAUUUUCUUACUUACUUCAUAAGAUGCUCUGAACUUCAAGAAACCCAUCUUUUAGAAAACGGAGAAGAUGAAGCCAUUGUUAUGCCAGGCACAGUAAUUACUACUACAUUAGAGAAAGGUGAAAUAGAAGAAUCUGAGUAUGUACUUAUCACAAUGCAUAGAAACAAAAGCAGUUUGCUCUUUAAAGAGUCAGAGGAAACAAGGACUCCUAAUUGUAACUGUAAAUAUUGCAGUCCUGCACUCCUUGGGCAAAAUUCAGAGAAUUCUUCUCAACAGGAGAGUGAAGAUGCUCAAAACACCUCUAAGGAGCUGCUAGGAAUUGCAGAUGAGUGCCGAAUGAUUUUGCCUUCUGACUGUCAAGAAGAAAAUGCUGUUGAUGUUAAACAGUGCAGAGAUAAAUUAAGAACUUGCCUUGACACCAAGUUAGAGACGGUUGUUUGCACAGGCUCUGCCCCAGUUGACAAAUGUGCAUUGCCAAAGUCAGUCUUAGAACCAGCAGAAGAAACAUGGCAGAGUGAGGAAUUGCUGGAUUCUGGUAAUCACACAGGCAAAGUGCUGAGAUCCACAGGAAUGGUUGUAGAAAAAAAACCUCCAGAUAAGCUUGUGACUGCUGCAUUUUCUUGUGAGGCAACCCAGGCAAAGGUUACUUUCUUGAUUGGGGAUUCUAUGUCACCUGAUUCAGAUACUGAACUCCGGAGUCAGGCUGUGGUGGAUCAGAUUACCAGGCAUCACACCAAACCACUGAGUGAAGAAAGAGAGAGUAUUGAUCAGCAUCAAGAAACUAAACAAACAACUAAGGACCAAUCUAGAGAAUCUAAUAUAACGAUGGUUUCUGCAGCGCCCUGUGAACUUACCUGUUGGAAUCAUUCAGACCCGGAAAGCAUGAGCUUAUUUGAUGAAUAUUUUAAUGAUGAUUCAAUUGAAACCAGGACUAUUGAUGAUAUACCAGUUAAAACAAGUACAGACAAUAAAGAACACUGCUGUAUGUUAGAGUUUUCAAAAAGAUUGUGUAUAAAAAAUAACAAACAGAACAAUGAACUUUGUAAAUGUGUAGAAACAGUUCACCAAGAUUCAUGUAAAACCUGCUAUCCUCAGCAGGACCAAAGACAUACACUUUCCCUUCUUGUCCCCCAUGGGGAUAAAGAGAGUUCAGAGAAAAAAAUUGCUGUAGGAACUGAAUGGGACAUUCCAAGAAAUGAAAGUUCAGAUAGUGCUCUUGGGGAUAGUGAAAGUGAAGAUACAGGUCAUGAUAUGACUCGACAAGUAAGCAGUUAUUAUGGAGGAGAGCAAGAAGAUUGGGCAGAAGAAGAUGAGAUACCUUUUCCUGGGUCAAAGUUAAUUGAAGUGAGUGCCGUUCAGCCCAACAUCGCCAAUUUUGGGAGGUCCUUGUUGGGUGGCUACUGUUCAUCUUAUGUGCCUGACUUUGUUCUUCAAGGAAUUGGUAGUGAUGAGAGGCUCCGUCAGUGUCUGCUUUCAGAUUUGUCCCACGCUGUGCAGCAUCCAGUGUUGGAUGAACCAAUAGCAGAAGCUGUCUGUAUUAUAGCAGAUAUGGAUAAAUGGACUGUGCAAGUGGCCAGUAGCCAGAGACGAGUGACAGAUAAUAAACUGGGAAAGGAAGUAUUGGUUUCCAGUCUUGUUUCCAAUCUGCUUCAUUCCACUCUUCAGCUUUAUAAACAUAACUUGUCUCCAAAUUUUUGUGUGAUGCAUCUUGAAGACCGGUUACAGGAGCUGUACUUCAAGAGCAAAAUGCUGUCUGAGUACCUGAGGGGGCAGAUGCGUGUUCAUGUCAAGGAGCUGGGAGUUGUUCUAGGAAUUGAAUCCAGUGAUCUUCCUCUUCUGGCUGCUGUAGCAAGCACUCACUCUCCAUAUGUUGCUCAGAUACUCCUUUAACGUAAUGAUUAUUUGAAAUGUUAAACAGAAACCAAGGAAGCAGACACAACGUGCAUUAUGGCAUUUGUGACUAGACUUUUUCGGUGAUGGUAGAUUUUUAACCAAGUGAAACUAAGACAGCAUAAGUAAUUUGGGGAGAAAGCAUUUGAAAAGGCCAAAGUAUAACUUAGGAAUUUCUAUAAAAUGAAUAACAUUGAGGAAUUUUAUAUGAUCACUACAGUGUUGCCACAACUGAUAAAUAGCAACAGAUGUUUCAUGAUUAAAUGGCUCAGAAAUAGUCAUUUCAUUAGUUUUAAUUCUUUAUUUCUAAGGUACAUAGGUUUACCAAACCUUGAUUAUUUCUUGUUUUGUUUCGUCAAUUCAGAAUAGCUAAUUUUGGGGUAUUUCUCAAAGUAUUUUAAAUAGCCUUUUAAUUAUAAGAAACUUAGAAGAAUGAGUGUAAAUCUAUGUUAUGUUGUCCAUCCAAUUGUACAUAUGUAUCUAGUUUUUUAAAAAGCAGAGGUAGAAAUACAAGAUUGGUGAACAUGCCUUUUUAAAUAUCUGUAUAUUUUCAACUAGUAUUAAUUGUAUAUAAUGUUGAAAUGUUACUUUCUGGUGAUUUUUCUGUUUCACAUACCUUAAAAUAUAAGUAAAGCCAAUUGUUCUUUAAGGUUGAGGAAUGUCAGUUCCCAAAAUUAAGAGUACUACUUUAUACUAUUUGUUUUGUUUUUAAGUAUAAGCUAAUUCUUAUAAAUGUUAAUAACAUAUUUGCACCUAAUUUAAUAAAUUAAAAUUAGGAUUAAAAAUUGCACCAAAGCAUUGGCAAAAAUAAUAUUCAAAAGUGCUCAGGUAGCCGAGGCCCUUGCUUUCGGCAUUAGCCGUUCUUGAACCCAUAGGAACUAAAUAUUUGUUUCACAGCUUCAUAAUAUUCUUUUUACACUAACAGAACUCAUUCUUAAAAUUACUUUUUUCUUGAAUUUCCCUUCUUCCAAAAGCUACUCUUUUUUUCAAACAUUUUCACUUUUCAGUUUUUUGUAUAUAGAGUGUUGCUUCUGAGAAAGGCUAAUAUGGAACCAAACUCUUGUAAGUAAUGUAAAUAAAAAGAUGGGUAGGUAAAGUUUUCAGUAUGCUCUACUACCUCAGUUUACUUGAAUACUACAUUAUAGUUUAUCCUUUACUUAUCUGGUCUAAGAUACUUUAAUUCUAGAAGUGAAGUUGGUUUCUGCUUCAUGGACUAUUUCUAUCAUAAUUGAUUAGCUUUAAAAAACGACCUGCUAUUCUGUUACUAAAUACAUUUCCUAUCUAAUACAUUUAUUUUUGCUGUUUGAAUUUUCAGUAAUUAAAAAAGAUUUCUGUAGUUUAAGUCUUUGGCCUUUAAUUUAUAGCAUUGGCUCACAUUUUGCCUUGCUCUCUAUGUAUCCAGGAACUCUCCAACUUAGAUUAAGAAGAAACAAUUGUUUUAAUGGAAUGUAAACCUGAAAUCGGUGUGCCUGCGAUCAGUUUGGCCCCUGUGUCCUAUCAGCUGGUCCCAGUUAGUACUGGAGUCUCCCAUGGAUGACUUGCUGUGAAAGAGUGUUUAUGGAUAUAUUUUCUUUUGCUUAAUAUUCUUAUUCUAUUCAUUAAUGAAAUUCUUCGUUAUUCUAUUGUUUGGAAUUCUGUGAAUCAAUCUCUUUGGCAGAAUUCAGAAUAUAGAAAAGUUCGUAUGUGAGCCAUUGUACAUUUUUUAUUGUAGUUAAGAAUGAUAUGUAGCAGAUAGAUAAUGUCUGUUUUGCAUGUUUUUUUUAAGUCAUCAAGCUAUUCACUGUCCUAUCUAUUUGAAAUCUAAUAAAUUAUCAUUUAGAAAAUCUAGUCUUCAAUAAGUGGAUGGCUCAUGCUACUGUUCUUCUUAAAAGUAAGCUUUGCUCGGAAGGAAAAGGCCUAUAGUUUCUUAUAGAAUCAUUAAUCCUUAUAGGAUUCCUGAGCUUUAUAAUUCCCAGCCCUUCUGUAAUUUUUCCUACCUUCAUCAUAGUUAUUUUUUCCUUACACAAAGCCCAUGGAGUAAGCUGCUGCUUUUUUUAAAGUAUCGUCAUUAUGGUGAAUGUGAAAAGAGUUUUGGCCUGUUUGAAAUAAUUUUUUCAGCUUCUUAUGGUACAGAUAUGUGUUACAUAUUUUUAAAAACCUGUUUGUUGCAAUAGGAAAUGAAAAAGGUAUCUUUUACGUUAUAGAUUUCAAACUAAUUUUUCCUUGUAUAUAAACUAAUUGGUUUGAUUUUAACUGUUCCUGGCUUUUAUUAAUAUGUCUUAAUUUUGAAUUUGAAAUUGUUAAGUGCAAUAAACAUACCAGCACAGAUUUAAUUUGUUGCAAUUGGCAUACACUGGGGAUGAUCACUUAAAAAAAAAACCAAUGAUUUUACACAAUGCCUAUUUCUGGUAGAUGUCUUAUGAGAUUGUUCUGCUUUUUUAAAGUUAUUUAGAUGGUGGGUAAAUGUACAUACUGUUUCUUGUUCUGUAUACAUUUCUCAAAUGUACACCUGUAUUAUAAUAACCUCCCAGUUCUAGGGGAAAUUUGUGCAAUAAAUACACAUGUCAAUUUGA